UCGGUAACGGGCCGGGCCCGGGUCGGGGCCGCGCCGGGGGCGCCGAGCGGGGACCCCCGCGCCCCCAUGGACCCCGACGUGGACUACGAGCGCCCCAACGUCGAGACCAUCAAGUGCGUCGUGGUGGGAGACAACGCGGUGGGCAAGACGCGGCUGAUCUGCGCCCGCGCCUGCAACGCCACGCUGAGCCAGUACCGGCUGCUGGCCACGCACGUGCCCACCGUGUGGGCCAUCGACCAGUACCGCGUCUGCCAGGAGGUGCUGGAGCGCUCCCGCGAUGUGGUGGACGAGGUCAGCGUCUCCCUGCGCCUCUGGGACACCUUCGGGGACCAUCACAAGGACCGCCGCUUCGCCUACGGCAGGUCGGACGUGGUGGUGCUCUGCUUCUCGCUGGCAAACCCCAACUCGCUGCGGCACGUGAAGACCAUGUGGUACCCUGAGAUCAAGCACUUCUGCCCCCGCACGCCCAUCGUGCUGGUGGGCUGCCAGCUGGACCUGCGCUACGCGGACCUGGACGCCGUCAACCGCGCGCGCCGGCCGCUGGCCAAGCCCAUCAAGCCCUCGGACAUCCUGCCGCCGGAGCGGGGGCAUGAGGUGGCGCAGGAGCUGGGGGUGCCGUACUACGAGACCAGCGUGGUGGCGCAGUUCGGGGUGAAGGACGUCUUUGACAACGCCAUCCGCGCCGCGCUCGUGUCCCGCCGCCACCUGCAGUUCUGGAAGUCCCACCUGCGCAAGAUGCAGCGCCCGCUGCUGCAGGCGCCCUUCCUGCCCCCCAAGCCCCCCCCGCCCCUCAUCCAGGUGCCCGAGGCACCCCCCGGGCUGGGGGGGGGCCCGGCCGCGCUGUUCCAGGCCCCGCUCUGCGCCGACGUCGUGUUCCAGCUGCAGGGCGGGCACCGCGUCUUCGCCCACCGCGUGUUCCUGGCCACCGCCUGCUCCCGCUUCUACGACCUGUUCACGCUGGAGGGGGUGCCCGGCACCUCCGGCCAGGGGGACGGCGGCACCCGCGACCUGUCGGGGUGGGGCCGCGGGUUCCUGAGCCUGCGCUGGGAGGAGGUGGCGGAGCCGGCGGCGGGGCGGGCGCGGCGCAUGGCGGUGGUGGCCAUGGACCGGGCCGUGCGGCCGGAGCCGCUGCGCGCCGUGCUGGAGUACCUGUACACCGGGCGGCUGGAGCGGCCCCACGCCGACCUGCGCCAGGUGGGCGCCGUGGCCGAGCUGCUCGAGGUGUUCGACCUGCGCAUGAUGGUGGCCAACGAGCUCAACCAGGAGAGCUUCAUGAACCAGGAGAUCACCAAGGCCUUCCACGUGCGCCGUGCCAACCGCGUCAAGGAGUGCCUGGCCAAGGGCGUCUUUGCUGACGUGGUGUUCCGGGUGGAUGACGGGGUGGUGCCGGCGCACAAGCCGCUGCUCAUCGCUGGCUGCGACUGGAUGAGGGCCAUGUUCCGGGGGGGCUUCCGCGAGAGCUACGCCCAGGAGGUGUCCCUGCCCGGCACCAACUGCGCCUGCCUCCGCGCUGUGCUCGACUUCCUCUACACGGGGGUCUUCACCCCCACGCCCGACCUGGACGCCAUGGAGCUGCUCAUCCUCACGGACCGGCUGUGCCUGCCGCGGCUGCAGGCGCUCACUGAGCAAUACGCUGUGGACGAGCUGCUCCGAGCCUUCAUGCAGCGCGUGGAGAUCGACGAGCAGGUCAUCAUCUACCUGGAGAUGACGCAGUUCCACAACGCCCACCAGCUGGCCGCGUGGUGCCUGCACUACAUCUGCACCAACUACAACCGCGUGUGCCGCCGCUUCCCCCGCGAGAUGAAGUUCAUGUCCCCAGAGAACCAGGCACACUUCGAGCGGCACCGCUGGCCCCCGGUGUGGUACCUGAAGGAGGAGGAUCUGUACCUGCGCUCCAAGAAGGAGCGGGAGCGCGAGGAGCAGCUCCAGCGCAAGCAGCACCCCCGCAGCAAGUGGUGCUUCUGGCGGCCCUCGCCCCCCGUGUCCUGAGCUGGGGACGAGGGGCUGGGACCCCCAUGUGGGGCUGGGGGGCUUGGCUGGACUGGGAGCCCCUGUGUGGGGCUGGGGGCUCGGCCGGGCGGGGGGUCCCUGUGUUGGGCUGAGGAGCUCGAGGCUGGGACCCCCACAUGGAGCUGGGGGGCUUGGAUGGGCCGGGGGUCCGUGUGCUGAGCUGAGGGGCUUGGGGCUGGGACCCUCACACUGGGCAGGGAAGCUCAGCUGGGCUGGGGGUCCCUGUUGUAAGUGAGGGGCUUGGGGCUGGGGCUCCCACGCUGGGCUGAGGGUCCCUGUACUGGGCUGGGGCUCCCACACGGGGCUGGGGGUCCCUGUACUGGGCUGGGGCUCCCAUGCUGGGCUGGGGGUCCCUAUACUGGGCUGGGGCUCCCAUGCUGGGCUGGGGGUCCCUGUACUGGGCUGGGGUGCCCGCGCUGGGAUGGGGGUCUCUGUGCUGGGCUGGGGAAUCUCCGUGAGAGCUGAGGGACUUGGCCUCAGGACCCCUGUGCUGGGCUGGGGGUCCCUGUGCUGGGCUGGGGAAUCUCCGUGAGAGCUGAGGGAUCUCCCUCUGAGCUGAGGGACUCGGCCUCAGGACCCCUGUGCUGGGCUGGGGGUCCCUGUGCUGGGCUGGGGCUCCCACACUGGGCUGGGGGUCCCUGUGCUGGGCGGUGGGGCUCAGGCUCAGGAUCCCCACACUGGAAUGGGGGGCUCAGCCCCAGGGACUCCACACAGGGCUGAAGGGCUGGGCCCUAUGACCCCCCACCCUGGCCUGGGGGGCUCUGCCUUGGGACCCUCGUGCUGGGCUGUGGGGCUUGGCCAGGCUGGGGGUCCCCACACUGGGCUGAGGGCUGAGGGCCUGUUUACCUGUCUCACCCCUGGCUGUUUACAGGCUCUGCCGGGGUACAGCCCCCUGCCCACCGUGCCUUCCCCCAGGGGGGCUGGGCUGGAGCCCCCCGGCAGGGCCCCCUGCCCCAGCCAACGCUGGUGCUACCUCUGACCGAGCAGUAUUUGGGGCUGGGGGCGUGCAGGGAGCGGGGGCUCUGCUGCCCCCCCAUCCUUCUUGAGGGCUUUUCCCCCGCAGGGCUCUCUGGUGCUGUAUUUUCUCCCCCCCAAGGGGUGGGGGGCCAAGCUGUGA